AUGGGUCGAAAACCAAACCCCGUGGUGGGGGAAUAUUUCACCCGGGGCCCCAAACUUCCUGAUUCCAGCAACCGAUACCCUCACACCUGCAAGUUGUGUGGUGAAAACUUCCCAAAGGGUCGAGGCGAGGUCCUACACAAGCACAUUACGGAAAAGUGCCCAGCCAUCACACCUGAAGAACGCAUCAACGCCGCACUCGGUUUUGCCGGACUUCACUCCGGCUCAUCAGCCCCGCGAUCAAUGAAUCUACCACUCAACCAGCUCGACGUCGCCGUCGCCGAGGUCGCCCCCGAAGCACCUGAGAACUGGUCUGCCCUCCGAACUCUCGCGGAAGCAUCGCGACAAGUUGGAGAGAAUGAGAUGGGGGCGCCUUCAGCACUUGGUCGCGACCGAUCCGAGUCCGCGGUUCGACAACUCGGAAUCGGCUUUGAAGUCCAAGAGCAAUUCACCCUCGAGAACCCGCCCUGCAGUUACGAAAAUCGACCUGGUCGAAGGAGCGUUGCUUCAUCUCACCUCAUUAAUCCGACUCAAACUCAGAUCGCGAACUCAGAUGAGCUAACUUUCACAGAAUCCACCUCAAAUGACAGCACCAACCCUCUCAGCUUCCUCACUACUGAAGAAAAGAUGGAACACUUGCAGGCUGCCACUCAGCAUCCAAACGACCCGCCUUUGGAUUCAUCAGAUCUCACCGUCGCUGCCGUGGCCACUGCCCGUCUUACUCAUUCCCUCAUGGAUCCUGAAUUGCCUACUGCCGAGCACGGCGACCCGCUUCAAGUCGCCAGCCCUGUGAUGGGAUCAAACGAGACACUCAAGCCAGACGCCGCUGUCCCUAUCGAACCCCUCCCGGUACAAGCUAUGCCUCAGCAACUCCAGCAGCCUCAGCAACCAGAGCAACAACCUCAACAACCCUGGGGCGAGAUGACUUACAUGACUACGAACCACAUCCCCACAGUAGCAACUCACGUGGCCCCAACGUUGCCUCCUCCCAACAGAGGCGGCACUCGUAUGCCAAUCGGCAACGGAACGCAGAGCGAGCACAAGCGCAAGGCCUACAACCCGCUCCGGCGCAAGGAGGUCCAGGCCGCUCGUAAGAAGGGCGCUUGCAUAAGAUGCCGUAUUCUCCGCAAGACCUGUGGCACCAAUGAUCCCUGCGACCAAUGCCGAAAGAUCCAAGGCCCGCGUCACUGGACCUACCCCUGCGUUCGCACUCGUCUGAACCAAGAGCUUACCCUCUACUCGGCCGCCUUGAUAGUGGUCCUGGCGCAGACUAGGGUCAAGCACGCCAGACAGAAAUACCAGCUGCUCUCCAACGGCACCUCUCUCGUCGUCUCUUUGUGGGAGGAUAGCCCGAGCCUGACGCUCGCCGCUCUGCUUACCCCCCGCCCGCAGCCUCCUGUAGCCGAGGGCGAGACGGAAGAGCAGACGGCGAGCCCAGACACAAAGACGGACUUUCGAGUCGUCAUGAUUGACCAAGACAAGGAGGACCUCCCCGCCCGUAUGGAGGAGUUCUUGAAGUUGAUUCUGCCGACGCUCAUCGAGCGCGAGCCCUCCCACUUCAUGCAAGUCGUCUUGGCGGCCGCGCAAAGGUUUCCCGACAACAAGGCGACGGGCAAGAACUUGAAGCUCGCCAUUGAGCUCUGGGGUCUCAUUGAAAUUCUCGACCGAGAGCGAGGCUGGUGCAUAUCUGAAGAGCGCCAGGGCGUCGUCGUACCCAUUGGCCCCGAAGAGUUUGCCGGCACCGACGACCAGGACAUUUACAACCUCAUCACCUUCCAGCUAUCCGCCGCCACGGAGCGCAAGGCCAACAACGUCUCGAACAAGCUCAUCAGUGAGCUUCAGCGCUGCCUGGAAAACGGCAAGGCCAAGAUCAACUUUGACGUGUACCUUUCCAUCCUCAUCCUCCUCCACUGCCUGGAAAAAACCACCUGGACCUUCAAGGUGUGGGAGAUGGACGACUUCCGCCAGCGCUGGCCCCUCGACCGCCCUCCCACCAUGUACGUCAACCAGGGCCGGGACAUUGCCGACCUCUUGAAGAUGCUCCUCACGCUUCGAAAGUCUCACCCCAAGACGUUCCGGACACUUGAUGGCCGGCUCAGCGUCGUCGACCUCGGCGAAUCGGACUUUGACAUCAUGGCCGAGUUCUUCCAGGCCCUGAACCUCGAGUACGACGAUGUUGUCCGCAAGCUCGAAACCUGCGCCUUCAGCCCGGAGACCUCACGCUCCCUCGAACUGCACUUUUGCAGCCAUGUCCUGCUUCCCCCUAAGGAAGGCGACCAUGGACACCACCACGCCGUCACGGCCUCCAGCUCCGGCCACAGCACACCUCCGCCCCCUCACCCUCACGCUCCGCCACACCCUUCCACCGUCCCCGUGGCCUCAGCCUCCCCAGUUCCCGUCCCCGACACCCCCAUGACGGGAGCCUCUCCCACCGCCCCUACCCCCACAGAGUCGCUGCCGACUGAUCUGCCCUAG